UUCGAUUGUCUUGUGUGUCUGUGGUCUUGUCGGUUGUUGGUUGAUUUGUGUGGUUGGUCGUUUCAUUGUCUUGGAAAUUUAAUUAAGUAUUAAUUAAAAUAAGUGAAAUGUCUAACGAGAACACUUUAGAUUUACAUUACGUUCAUCAAAGUUUUCAAAGAAGUCUAAAAGAAGAUGAUGACGUUGUUAUUGAAGCAUAUAUAGAUGGUUAUAAUGAAUUAGUUAAGUUCUUGAACCUCAUUGGGUCUGUGUUUUCGUUCGUAAGUAGUGAUGUUAAGAGCAAAAUUAAGGUGAUGGAGAAACACAGGGAAGGAGAAGACUCUGUUUAUUAUGAAUCAUUCAAGAAAAUGAUGAAGUAUGAGAAAGAAACUAGCCUUCAUGAUAAAAGCGGCUUUGUGUCAGGUUCUAGGACGAUGUUACGCUUACACCGAGGCUUGGACUUCAUCAGACUGUUCCUGAAACGUCUCAGUGAGGCAGAAGAUGGAAUGAGCACUUGUGGAAUGUGCCAGUGUUCGUACAAUGAGACUUUAGCAGAGUUCCACCCCUGGUAUAUCAGGAAAGCAGCUACACUCGCUAUGCAUGCUCUGCCAUCGAAACCAGAUCUACUAAAAAAAAUAUUUGGCUCGGAGGAACAUUUGGUAGCAGCGAUGACUGUCUUGCCUCAAACGUUGGGAUCUUGCGAUGAAGUGUACAGGCGAGUGCAACAGCUUUAUACAGACUUUUCAUUCCACGAGUUGCCAUAAAAUACAUUAUUAGUAAAAUGUGUCAGAACUUUAGUUAGGUAAUAUUUGUCAUUUGACUACCUAUGCAGUGUUA